AAAUGAGCAGCCCCUGACACUAAUGCCUCAUCCUUCAUUAAAGACAUCUUUGGAUGUAAGACGUUUUUGUCAUUAUCUUUUCUACGUAGCACCAGACCAAAUUUGGAUCAGUGAUGGCUAUAACCUCAUCCUAACAGACACAUGUGGUGUUAUUUCUUAUCAACUGAGUGAUAUAUCACAAAGCUAUCAAGUACACACGGUGGCCAAUGAUGGGACACUCUUUUAUAUAAGUAAGGACUUUCAUAUCAAAAAAAUGAGCAAGGACAAAAAAGAAAGAAUUGAAUUGAUAAAACUAGAAAAAUCGUGGAAACCUAUGUCUGUCCUCUGUUCCCCAUCAACUGGAGAUCUACUAGUUGGGACACAUAAAUCACAUACAGAUGAACGAAAUUCCAAAGGAAAGAUAACUCGAUACAACAGCAAUGGACAACAAGUUCAAACGAUCCAGUAUGACAACAAUGGCGAGUUGUUGUACAAAUAUCCUGGAUAUCUUUCAGAAAACCGUAAUGGGGAUAUCAUCGUGUCUGAUUGGCACCGCGUGGUGGUAACAAACCGCGAAGGAGAACAUCGCUUUUCCUACAGAGGACAUUCGGAACCACGGUUUUCGCCAUGGGGAAACUGCACAGACACACUGUCGAACAUCCUGGUCUGUAAUAUGAAGACCAAGUCAGUACAUAUACUCGACAGGGAUGGCCACUUUUUGUUGUCGUAUCUACUGAGGGAAGGAGAAAGCAUGGUCGAACCGCACACUCUAAGUUAUGACGAGAGAAACAACCUUCUCUGGAUCGGAUCAUACAACAGCACGAAACUGCGUGUCUACAAAUAUAUAGAUAGUCGGGAGUAACUAGCAGGAUGAGGGAGUCAGUGGACCAUCCGAGAAUGGAAGAAAGAAGGAUAAAUGAUUUAAAAAGAUGUAAAUAUCAAAGACUUGUACCUAUGAAUAUCAUUUAUAUUUACACAAGAAAUCUUUUAUUAUUGAUAAACAAGUUGAUGAAACAAGAAUAUCAGCGAUCUCGCAUAAAGUCAUCAUUUCGUAAUUUCUUGUCAGCAAAUACAGUUUACCAAAGAGUCAAAUGUUAAAUGAUAUUUUUCAUACUUAUUGUUAGUCCAUU